UCGCUUCGUGCGCUCGGAAAUGUCAUUUGUCAAUCACAGUGCGAGCGCAACGGUUGUCGUUGAUUGUUGUGCUGCUGUUCCUAAAAGAAGUAGUAGAAAUUGAAGAAACGCAAACGCAAACGCCGAAAACUGCAUUUCGAAUUGAGAAUAAGAAAUUGCAAACAACAACAAGCGUGUGAAACGGUGAUAAAUUAGUGAUUUUGUUUUAGAAACUACAGUUUUUUAAAUGCCAGCAACAGCGACGAUUGCUGUGAGCUAAACGAAUAAAAGAAUACGAAUAAAAGUGCAGUGCAAACGAAACCAAAAGAAAAAAAGCAACAAACUAAAUUAUGGAUAACCAGCAAGUGAAUGUGGCUGCGCUUUGGUCCUGCGCCAGCGUCACCUGCUUAUCGCUGGAUGCCAAGCGCCACAGCAACAACCACAACAGCAGCAGCAGCAACAGCAACCACAACAACAGUAGCAGCAACAACAUCAGCAGCAACACAGCAACAGCAACAGAGUCCAACGAAUCCUGCCGAAAGCUGCGCCACAUUGCGCAUACGCCGCGUGGCAGCUGCUUUAUGGCAUUGCUGCUGCUGCUGCUGCUCGCCCUCAACUUUCGCCAUGCGCACAGCUGCGGCCCAGGCCGAGGACUUGGCCGUCGUCGCGAACGCAAUCUUUAUCCGCUGGUCCUUAAGCAAACGGUGCCCAAUCUCUCAGAGUAUCAGAGCGGCGCCUCGGGUCCGCUAGAGGGCGCCAUCGAGCGGGAUUCGCCAAAGUUCAAGGAUCUGGUGCCCAACUACAAUAGGGAUAUACUCUUCAAAGACGAGGAGGGCACCGGCGCCGAUCGCGUUAUGUCCAAGCGCUGCAAAGAGAAACUCAACAUGCUCGCUUACUCGGUGAUGAACGAAUGGCCAGGAGUGCGUCUGCUGGUCACCGAGAGCUGGGACGAGGAUCAUCAGCAUGGCCUGGAGUCGCUGCACUACGAAGGACGCGCUGUGACGAUUGCGACAUCGGAUCGCGAUCAAUCCAAAUAUGGAAUACUGGCGCGUCUCGCUGUCGAGGCUGGCUUCGAUUGGGUCUCCUAUGUGAGUCGACGUCACAUCUACUGCUCUGUGAAAUCAGAUUCCUCGCCUGCCAUUUCACAUGUGCACGGCUGCUUCACGCCGGAGAGCAGCGCACAGCUGGAGAGCGGCAAGCAGAAGCUGCUCUCUGAGUUGGCCAUCGGUGAUCGUGUGCUGAGCAUGAACUCCAAUGGUCGACCCGUCUACAGCGAAGUCAUACUCUUCAUGGAUCGCAAUCUGGAGCAGAUGGAAACCUUCGUUCAACUUCACACCGAUGGCGGAGCCGUGCUCACCGUGACUCCGGCUCACUUGAUCACCGUCUGGCAGCCAGAGGAGCAAAAGUUGAGCUACAUCUUUGCGGAUCGCGUCGAGGAGCAGAGCUUUGUGAUGGUGCUCGAGUCGAGCAGCGGCGAGUUGCGUCCACAGCGAGUGCAUCGCGUGAGCAGCGUAAGGCGAAAAGGAGUUGUGGCACCUUUGACCCGAGAGGGAACAAUUGUGGUCAACUCGGUGGCUGCUUCUUGCUAUGCAGUGAUCAGCAGUCAAUCCUUGGCGCAUUGGGGUCUGGCUCCCAUGCGUUUCCUCCACACUCUCCAGAGUUGGAUGCCACAAAAGAAUCAACUGCGUUCCACGCCCAAGUCAACGACGUCAACAGCGACGUCGACGUCGACAGCGCAGCAGCAGAAUGGUUUGCAUUGGUAUGCGAGUGCUCUAUACAAGGUGAAGGAUUAUGUGCUGCCUCAAAGCUGGCGUCACGAAUAAACUUCGAGAGAGAGAUGCGCUUAAUUUGUAAUAUAUAUUUUUGUGUAGUAGAUAUGUAUGAUAUAUAAUAAUAACUUAACUUAAUCGCAUCAUUAUUGUAUUUCAAUGUUAAUUAUGAUUAAUGCUGAUCAAUACUAUUUAUCAACUUAUCAAUCAAACACACACGAUUUAAUAACGACACAACAACAACAAAAACAA